ACAGAUGCCUCCAAUGCCUGCAACAUAUACAUCUAUAGCUCCACACACACACACGUAAAGUGUAAUAUUAAGUGGGAGAAGAGAAAAGAAUUCUCUUUGGGUGAUAAAGAUCAUCGGAAGAUGACAACUGAACAAAUGAGUUUGAGAGACAAGAGAUGGUCUCUAGAGGGAAUGACAGCUCUUGUCACUGGUGGAACCAGAGGCAUAGGGCAUGCCAUAGUAGAGGAACUAGUAGGAUUUGGAGCCUCUGUGCAUACAUGCUCAAGGAACCACAAAGAGCUCAAGGAAAGGUUGCAAGAAUGGGAAACAAAAGGAUAUAAAGUAAGUGGUUCUGUUUGUGACUUGUCGUCGAGAGAUCAACAAGAAGAGCUGAUGAAGGCUGUGUCUUCUGCCUUUGAUGGCAAACUAAACAUCCUUGUGAACAAUGCUGCAAUAAGUCUUCUCAAGCAUGCCACAGACAUCACUGCAGAAGAUUUCUCAAGCUUAAUGAGAACCAAUCUUGAGGCCCCUUAUCAUCUGUGUCAACUCGCCCAUCCCCUCUUGAAAGCCUCUGGAACAGCCAGCAUCGUCUUCAUUUCUUCCAUGGCUGGCGUCGUAGCUCUACCUGCUAUUUCAGCUUACGCCGCGACUAAAGGUGCAAUCAAUCAGCUAACUAAGAACUUGGCGUGUGAAUGGGCAAAGGACAAUAUCCGUGUCAAUGCUGUGGCACCUGGGGGAGUGCGAACCACAAUUCUGAAACCUGAGGACAUUUCGCCAGACAUUGCCACUUCAUUCAUACAAGUAACGCAGCGGGUACCUCUCCGCCCCAUGGCAGAGCCUAAUGAGAUUUCUCCAAUGGUGGCAUUCCUCUGCCUUCCGGCGGCUUCUUUCCUUACCGGGCAGGUUAUCUGCAUCGACGGCGGAUAUACUGCGGGCGGGUUCAAGGUUUCGGACACUUAAAAACCCUACAACGAUACUACAAGAAAACAGGCAAUUAGAGACGUGGACUCUGCUUCACUAUUGUCUCAAUAUAAGCUUCAAGUAUUUAAUUACACCAAAAGGUUGGUAUGGUGAUGGCUGAUGCCAUUGCCAGCAGCACAUGUAAGCUAAGCUUUAUAAUCUUUCGAUCUUUCUAUAUAAUUUUGAAGUUU